AAUGUGUUUUGGAAAAGAGAAUAAAACGCAGAUGUUGAAACGGUUCGAACAUCGUAAAGAAUAUUCUAGUUUUACGUGUUAAAAUCUGCGGCUGUGUAUAUUACAGUAAAAGACAGUGUUUGUACAGGCAGCGGUGAAGCUAGGACAUUAAUGAAGGACCCUGAUGCAGGAGGACGGAAGCGAAUCGAGAAGUUAAAUAUAAGAUGACUGUUUAUAAUCUGUACAUAUUCGACCGUAAUGGAAUCUGCCUACACUACAGCGAAUGGAACCGCAAAAAACAGGCAGGGAUCUCCAAAGAGGAGGAGUUUAAGCUGAUGUAUGGAAUGCUGUUCUCCAUUCGCUCCUUCGUCAGUAAGAUGUCUCCACUCGACAUGAAGGACGGGUUUGUGUCAUUUCAGACGAGUCGUUAUAAACUUCAUUAUUAUGAAACUCCAACAGGAAUUAAAGUGGUGAUGAACACAGAUCUGGGAGUUCCUAACUGCAGAGACAUCCUCCAUCAGAUCUACAGCACGGUCUAUGUGGAGUGUAUAGUGAAGAACCCGCUAUGUGAGCUGGGAGGAACCCUACAAAGUGAACUGUUUUCCAGCAGACUCGACUCAUUCAUCAGAGCGCUGCCUUUCUUCAGUGUCCGUGCCGCAUAAACACUGUGUGUGUGUGUGUGUGUGUGUGUAUGUGAAAAUACUGUUGUGUUAAACAUAAACAUAUUGGUUGUAAAUAUUUCUGUAGUUGUGUUGCUGUUUCACCAGUUUUCACUGAGGGGGUGAUUCCAUAAUAUAAAUAUUCGUCAUUAAUUUGCAUAUCUCAUGAAUAAUGAUAUUAAAUGGGGCGUUAAUAUUCAGAAGUCGAUGAGUGAUCAAAAGUUAAAAUGAAGACAUGUAGAGGUAACGUGUUUUGUUAGUGUUUGUGUGUGUACGUGCUUCUCCCACAGCACAAGUGAUUCACGUUGAUCGCCCCCCUUACUGCACCAUGCUAAACUGGAGGCCAUAUGCUCCCAUUGCCUGUUAGCAACAUUAGCCUUGUAGAUCUAGUACUGAACUUGUACCUCAGUCUGUUCUUAUGACUGUGUGAAGGUGACAGGAGGUGUGUAUGCAGAUUGAAUAACUGAUGUUUAUGAAGUCCCGUUAAGAAAACAAACACACACACACACAUUUAAAAACAAUUAAAACCAGCUCUGUGCUGCUCUCUGCUGGGCAACACACACUACUACACAGCUCUCACUGCUAUGUAGACUGAAAACUUUUCAGAACCCCUAUCUCACACACAAUUUAAAUGUCAACAAAAACUUGUAUUUUGUUAUUGCAUGAUUUUACUGGGUUUGGAAUGUAGCUUGCUUUAAAGACAACUGUGCAGUUUUAAAUUAAAGUGAUGUUUGUGACAGUUGAA